AUGGCCACUAACUACAGUGCCAACCAGAAACAUUUAUCUCUCCCAUUUGUACCCCAGAGCAUCUCUUCUCAUGAAGGCUACACUCAAAUUAUUGCCAAUGAUCGUGGUCAUCUACUGCCUUCUGUGCCCCGUUCCAAGGCAAAUCCUUGGGGUUCCUUCAUGGGCACCUGGCAAAUGCCUCUGAAGAUACCCCCUGCUCGGGUGACCCUGACCUCCCGUACAACUGCUGGUGCUGCCUCCCUCACCAAAUGGAUACAGAAAAAUUCUGAUUUACUCAAGGCCUCCAACGGGCUGCGUCCUGAAAUCUUAGGCAAGCCCCAUGAUCCAGACAGUCAGAAGAAACUCAGGAAGAAGUCUAUCACAAAGACCGUACAACAAGCACUAAGUCCAACCAUAAUUCCAAGCUCCCCAGCUGCCAACCUCAAUUCCCCAGAUGAACUCCGAAGCUCACACCCCUCUGCAGGUCAUACUCCAGGUCCCCAAAGCCCAGCCAAAUCCUAAGAGCCCACCUGGAAGUCCACGUAUGCUAGAACUCUGGGCAGGGCCUAAUCUAGCUGAGGUCCAGAAAUACAAACCUGGAAUUUCAUAUGGACCAAGUGGCCACACACUGAAAAACCUGUAUAGCGACCUAGUGAAAUAAACAAGAGCCCCAGUCAGAACUGUGAAACAGGGAAAUUUUGGGGUGGGAGUAAAAACAAAUUUGGAAAAUAAACUUUUUUUGUUGAGUCUUUUACGGAUCUGGAUUUUCCACUCUUGCUAUGGCUGCCUCUUGUAACCCAAUUAGAAGGAAGGUGGGGGAAAAUAAAGUAGGGAAAAGAACAUACAGUGGUUUGGGUGGAACACAUUUUUACAAGAAUUGAGUCAGUUAUACUCCAGAAAUGACCAAGAGAAGGUUGGUCUGAAUCAUGGAAAAAGGGUAGAACCUCAAAGAACCAGUCCCUCAACCCUAUCCACUUAUUUUUUAUCCUGAGCAUGCACAACUAACAACUACAAAAUCAGAAGUAGAAUUGUUGAGUAGAGUAUGUAUAUGUGUGUUUGGAGAAGGUGAGGAAGAAAAGGUAGGGAAAACCAAAGUAGAAGAUACUAUGCUUUUGUAAGACUUCCUAUCUAAGCCCAAGUACAAAUAUAGUUUGAAAAUUGAAGAUAUUAAAGUGAUUGGAAGACAGAGAAGACAAACAAAGAUGGUAAGUAGAAAUUUAAGGCAGAAUAAAAAACAUGACGCUGUCACACCCCCCCACCCACCCACUACCAUGCUUCAAUCACCCAAAUGGUAGGAAACCACCAAAAAAUUCAACUGCCCUACCCAUUUUCCAGCCUGUAACAUCUGUUUAUCAUUGACCCCAUUUUACAUUUUCCUGGCACUGGCUGUUAAAUUCAAUGCCCUUGCCAAACCUUUCCCCAUACCAAUGACAAAGUGUUCUCUCAUGAUCACUUGUCCCUCAUUCCAAGGACAAAGUAGAGAACAGCUGGUUUAAAAUGGAGGAAAGGUACAAGGACUUCCCUCUAGUAAAAAGGGAAAAGCAAUCAUUACUUAAAGCCAAAUACUAUUUGGGACCCUGAAUGAAGACUGUUAAAAGAGCAGGUCCCCACCUUAACUAUGGUCUUCCUAUCCAAUUGACACCAGCCAGUUACCAUUUCCCCUCUUCGACCCAUGGCUUUAACUGGCUGGCCAGCAACUCAAAGUGACAGACGAGAUAGGUCUCUUAUUCCAGAGUUCCCAAAAACUAUCAAAACAGCAUGCCUGGUAAAGCCUGGCCUAUCUGCAUUUUUAAAAGCAUCAAGUUUUCUCAUUAAAUUAUACAUUUUUGCCAGGUUUUCAACAAUCCCUUCUUUUUUAAAAAAUCUCUAUUCUUCAUCUACCCUAAGCCUAUAACUUCAGGUCAUCAUCCCUUAGCUGUCACCAACACCGGUCCUCUGUGCCCCUCACUGAAUCAUAGUUUCCUGAACUGUCCCAUGAAGCUUAUAAUCAGUCCUUAAUGGGAUUUUGGUGCCUAUAACCCAAAAGCACUCUACAUGCAUCACUUCUUUUCUUUUCUUCCUUCCUUCUCUGAGGCUUCUCUGUGAUAUUUAAAUAUCUGGCUAAGUUCUAUCUGAUUCCCUGAAAACUUCUCCAAUGAUGAGGUGUAGGAAAACUGUUUCCCUCCUGGGAAAGGUCAGAUUGCAGGGAAAGGGAGGAUGUAAAUGCCUGAGACCCGAGGGAAGAGGAGGAAAUUGGUUCCCUCCCAACAGCCAUUUUCUUGGUUUCUUUAGAUUUCAAGGAGAGUCAAAGAUAAAAUGAGUAUUUUAAUUCAGUUUCAGAAAAAAAGGGUACAUGACUUCGAUGAGAAAGCAUAAAAUUAAGAGGCUUUUCUGGAAAUCCAAGAAAAAGAAAAAGAAAUAACCAUUAAUAUGUUCAAUAAUUUUCUGGAUCUUCUUGUGUCAAAAGCUAUAUAUUUUCUCCUCAAAAGCAGCUGCUCCAAGAACUAACUAGCCCUCUUUAUCUCCCUCUAACUGGGACAGACUAAUUCCCCUCCACCCCCACCUCUCUUCUUUCAAUAACACUGCGUAGGUGUUAAUGGCCUGGGCUCUCACCAAUGAACAGAAUUGUCCUUUAAGCCAGCAACCCACAGGCAGUGGCACCCAAAGCCUCACCCCCAGUCCCCAGGGCAGAAGCCACAGAGCUGGCAUUGUUUCCACUGUCUCAGGAA